AUGGCCGCCUCUCGUCGUCUGCUCGGCUCGCUGUGUUCCCGCCGCGCCUAUUCGUCCCAGGCUCCACGCGCGCGACUCAAUCUCCCCGUCGACUAUAAAGCAACGCCCCUUCUUCACCACUCGCCCUCAACCCUGCCGACUAACUCAGAGCUACCCCAGAAUGCUCCCACGAAGCGAGUGAACCUCUACCAGUCCAUCAACUCUGCUCUCCGCACGGCGCUCGCGGCCGACGAAAGGGUGCUCUUGUUUGGCGAGGAUGUCGCGUUUGGCGGUGUGUUUCGAUGCUCGGUGGACUUGCAGACGGAGUUUGGGUCAGACCGGGUCUUUAAUAGUCCUCUCACCGAGCAAGGUAUUAUAGGCUUUGGUAUUGGUGCUGCCGCAGAGGGCUUCAAGCCCGUGGCUGAGAUCCAGUUUGCCGACUAUGUGUUCCCGGCGUUCGAUCAAUUAGUAAACGAAGCCGCCAAAUUCCGCUAUAGAGAGGGUGCUACAGGAGGAAAUAUUGGAGGUCUGGUUGUUCGAAUGCCCUGUGGAGGAGUUGGACAUGGUGCCCUGUAUCACUCCCAGUCUCCAGAAUCAUUAUUCACACACAUCCCUGGAUUGAGAGUUGUUAUCCCCAGAUCCCCCACUCAAGCAAAGGGUCUUUUAUUAAACGCAAUCCUCAACUGCAACGAUCCCGUCGUUUUCAUGGAACCCAAGAUUCUCUACCGAGCAGCCGUUGAACAUGUGCCGACUGAGUCUUACUAUCUGCCAUUAGAUAAAGCAGAUAUCGUCAAACCCGGCAGUGACCUCACCAUCAUUUCCUAUGGACAGCCAUUAUAUCUCUGCUCCGAUGCUAUUGCUAAGGCGGAGAAGGAUUUUGGCGCGAGUAUUGAACUGAUUGACUUGCGGGCAAUUUACCCGUGGGAUCGUGAGACCGUACUUGAAAGCGUUCGUAAGACUGGCCGUGCCAUUAUUGUCCACGAAAGCAUGACAAAUGCUGGUGUGGGCGCCGAGGUCGCUGCCGCAAUUCAGGAGGGAGCAUUCUUAAGCUUAGAAGCCCCUGUGAAGAGAGUGGCUGGCUGGAGCACACACUGUGGUCUAGUGUAUGAGAAGUUCAACCUGCCGGAUGUUGCCAGAAUAUAUGAUGCUAUUAAACAAACGCUUCAUUAUUAA